GAAAACCUUACCAUGUUUUCAGCGAAGACACGUUUCUGUGAUGUUUUACCAUACAUUUUUCUAGCAGUGAAAGCACGUUAUGCCGCUAAACGAAUAUUAUUAGUGCUAACAAUUCUAUUUUUGGCCAAACGCCUCCAAUGGCAAGUAACCUCGGCAACGUCACUUUUUGUAAACAAACAAAACUUGAUCGGAAAUACGGAAUAUCUUUUGGUAGUGACGCAAAGCAACACGUACCGCUUAAUCUAAGCACGUACCGCACGUACCUACCACCUACCACUGAAUAAAUCUUACUGAAAAAUGAAUGAUUCCUUUAAUUCUAAUGUACCAGAACCCAAAAAGGUUGGCGUCUGGGCCGAGGGCACCCACAUAGAAGCAAAAGAGUACAUAAUUCCAAAAAAAUCACCAGACUCCAGCGAUGAUAUCCCCACAAUACCAGAUUUAGACGAUUUACAGGACAUUCUAGAAAAGGAAAUAUCAAUGCCGCCUGCGACUGACCGCAAAGACACCGAUACAGUGAACACUUUAGCAGAAGUAGGUGGAGGCCUGAGUGCAUCUGUAGACAGUGUGGAUUCAGCAAUAGAGAUACUAAAAUCUUACAUACCUCAAGUGGAUAUGGAUUCUGCAGACUCAGUGUGGACUGUGGAUUCACUGCUCACUCAACUGGCUGAGGAAAUUCAACCUGUAGUUUUGUAAUUAACCACUCUUGAACACUUUUAGGAUAAACAUUAUGAUUUGUAAAACAAUUCACAGCUUGCAACAUUAAUUAAGUGUUAUUUAGAUUUAUUUAUUCAAUUUAUAGAAUUAUGAAAUGAAGACACAGAAAAUGUUAGAAAUGGAGGUAGAAGUGAAAAUUCAUGGUGGCCAUUUUUUUUUUCUACUGGUGACCAAAGAGUGUGUUAUCAAUCAAUAGGUCCUGCCAUUAU